AUGUAUGGCUGCCGGCCGGCCGGGGUGCCAGUGCUAUACCUAGGAGAAUCCUUUUUUUUUCAAAAUAAACGGAACUUUUAUUCAUUAAAAAUAACCAGUAUAUCGUCUGUGAGAAUCAUUACAAUUUCAUUUGAAGGCUCCUCAAACCAAUCCGAGGUCACAAGAGGAGCACUCGUCAUAAGAAGGGACUACGAAGGCUCGGCUCGCCCCUGCGUCGCCCUCCUCUGGCGGCGACACGGGGGAAAUCCUACUCCGCCGCCGCCGCCCCUUCCCCCUUCCCAUCACCUCGUCGCCACCAGAGGAUCCGCCGGCGAAGCCCGCACCGGUUCUGGGGAAGGUGGCGGCAGGGCGCUUCCUCCCUCGUGUGGUGACCCUGUGCGGUCGGUGGCUGCGGCAGGGGGGCUGCUCCAUGGCGUCGAUCCGCGCGACGUCGGCCGUUUCCUAGCGCAGGGCGUCCAGCGUAGGUGGCGCGGUGGUGGCUUCUCUGUCGCGUGGUGGGUGGUGGCCGGUGGAUCCUGGUCGGUGGGCUCCAGAUCUGGCGCGGCAACGGCGCUGGUUGCGGGCGGCUGUGCGGUGGCCUCGCAGAUGCUUGUGGCUGGGCCUACCGGCGGAGGUGCGGGCUGGUGCUCCGGUGCCCACGGUCACGGCCACCGGCGUCUACCUCCUUUGCCGGCAGCAGGUGACGGCUCUCCUCCUCGCAGCACGUCCCAAGCCGGCGGCUUUGCUUCCUCCCCUCCGAUGGCGCUGCUCCGGCGGUCUCCUAGGGGUUCAGACUGGCCGAGAGAAAUCCGUGCGCGGCAGCAGCCCGUUGCAGACGACGACGACGCCUGCGGGUGCGUCUCCUCCUUGGAGGCGUCGUCUUGGUCAUGUCCGUGCCCUUCCCGGGCACCAGGGGAAUCUUUAGGCUGGCUCACUAGCUAGGCAGCAGCGGCGCAGUGGCGUCGCGUCUUACUUGGAGGUGCUGCCGGGGUGCCAUGGAGGCCACCAGAAUUGUUGCUGGAGGUGGUGGCUUCGUCGAUGCUUCGUCGAGGAUUGGGGCAUUGUGCCGUUGGUGAUGGUGGCUGCUGUGAGCAUGGGUUCUUGGGGCGCAAUGUACGCCAGCACCAGCUUUGACACCUUCUUCGGAACCAGCUGGUUCCCGCUGUUCACUCACCGACUCCUAGGCGUGAAGGGUGGAGAGUGCGUUGACCUAGCCUGUGAUGUUGUUGGUGUUGUGCUUCUAGGUUUCUGGUGUUGGUCGAGACGCGGCCCUUGAUCUGUGAGUCUUUCCUCCUUGCCAUUGUGGCUAGAGGUUCGACUAGGCGAGUUGUGACCGCUUGGCUCUUCUUCUAUGCUAUUGAUGCACCUCUCCAUGAUGUAUCCUUGAAAAGAAAAUCUGAGGUCACAUAAAAUCUAGCUAA